AUGAACAAGAAGACGUAUGAGAAGUGGAAGAUGAGGCUGGAUAUGAUGAAAGAGAAGAAGAAGAUGAAGGUGAUGAUGAAGAAUGAGAAGAAAAAUAUUAAGAAAGAGAAGAGGAAGAUGAAAAGGACGGUUGGCGUAGGAGGCUUGGCGAGUGAGAAGAGAACCACAAUUAUGGAUCUUCCCGAUGAAACUUCGAGGGAAGAUUUAAAUUCUCAGAAGGAUACGAGAACCAGUGGAUCUGUGGCAUAUGACAAUUGUGAGCAAGCGCUGGAAUUUAAUCCUUAG